AUGGCAACACGGUCUGACCUUGUUAGCCAAGAGCUUGGAAAGGAGCUCGGCGUCCUGCAGGACUCUAUGGGCCGCUUUCCAGAUGACAUAGCUUUGAAGACCAUCCAGGAGGCCUUCGGUUUUAAUGGGCCAGUGGCCGCGUCACGCAAUCUGGAGCUUGCCCACCCUGGUACCGACCAAGCACUCUUUGCUGCCCUGACGCCAGAGCCUGUCGCAGCUGCUUCACUGGCACAGGUGUACCGCGGCAAGCUUCUAGAUGGACGAGAGGUGGCGGUGAAAGUGCAGCGCCCAGGGCUAGCAGAGCAAGUUGGGCUGGAUUUCUACGUCUUGCGGCAGAUUCUGGCAAUGGUAAAUGCUCUGCUUGGUGUCACCCGCAGCUCGGAGAUAGCCCAGUCUGUGUUGGCAGAAGUUGCAGAUGGCCUGUUUGCCGAGUUGGACUUUACCAUGGAGGCACAGCACAUAGAAAAAUUCCGAGACCUUUAUGGACAUAGUUGCCCUGAUGUCGUGGUGCCAGAGGUAAUUUGGUCACGCACGAAGGUCAAGGUUCUGACUACCAGUUGGCUGCAGGGCCGCAAGCCGAGGGAGUUGACCGCCAAGGAGAAGCUCCGCUUGGUGAACUUAGCUGCGCCAUGCUUGUCGCUGCAGCUCAUGGAUGCUGGUUUCGUGCAUUGUGACCCGCAUGAGGGUAAUAUGAUGCUCCUGGAUGAUGGGCGGCUUGGGUUGAUCGACUUCGGGCUAGUUGCCCAAAUGACAGACAUCCACCAGGAAAGUAUGGCUUCAGCUAUUUUGAGCCUUUUGGCAGAAGACUAUCGUGCACUUGUGCCGUGCUUCAGAGGAAUGGGCAUUCUAAAUUCUGAUCGGGAUGAUGCGGAGUUAAUGCGACCGGGCGAAACCCAGCCUUUUGCGGAGGCCCUUGAAGAAGCCUUGACAGGAGGCGAUGGCAAGGACCGCAUUGUGCAGGAUAGCAUGGGUUUGGACCGGCGCCGGGCAUUUGGGCAGCUGUACGAAGAGUUAAGCAGCCUGGCUUUUCGCUACUACUUCACCCUUCCGUCAUACUACAUCCUUGUGAUGCGCUCGUUUGUGACGUUGGAAGGUAUUGCUUUUGCCGCAGAUCCAGACUUCAACAUGUACACUACGUCGUCACCAUAUGCGUUUCGCAGACUUCUGACCCCUCGCACGCAUGACGGAAAGCAGUUGUUGAAGCAGACCAUCUUGGAGGAAGCUCCUUCGGGACGGAGGUUGAGGCUGUUCUCGCUUCUGCGGGGUUCACUUAUCUCUGGCAAGAGGCGAUCAGAGUCCAAAGACAGUGCAUCCAUGGCCACGAGCACCAUCAUUGAUGUGCUUUUGACUGGGGAUGGCCGUGAGCUCCGCAAAAUUCUGGCCUCGCUGGACAGUAUCGUUUUGCUCGAGGAUCUCACCAGCGCAGCCUCAGCGACAUUGAGACGCAGAGCAGUAGAGGCCGUUUUAAGCCCCUUGCGGCGUCCAACGCCAACAAGGCGGCGCGCGCGACGUUUACUUCGGGGGUUGAUGCUGCAGCACUUGCGCCGUGCAGCGCGGAGAAGGCCAUUCUUGGUGGCAAAGUUGGGCCUGCAACUGGCACUUGGGACCUUCUUCUCUCGAUUUGUCCAAAAGCCUGAAGAGAUCAUGCCGGUUGAUAGUUUUUGA